CGUGCACAGGCAUAUUCUCAUACAAAUGCACUCGCUACACACACAACCCUGGAGAUCAGACAUAGAGGCUGGUGGCUUGGUAGGGCACGCUGCGGACGGGUGCUACCACUCCAUCCUUUGGCUGUUCUCCCGCGGGCGCCCGGCUUGGGCCUCCCCGCUCCGCCCCCGCGCGCGCCCCCGCCGCCCGCGCCGCAGUCCGCGUCCACCAGCCCCGGCAGCCGGUAGUUGCAAUCCCAGUUCCGCGCAGCGCUUCCGAGCUGAAAGGACUGCAGCCAGCGCUUGAGGUCAGGAGGAAUAGGUGGCGCCUAGGGUGCGGGUCACCCAGAGCUGCGGCAGCCCUGAGGUGGAAGCUCCCGAGAGGAGCAGAGCAGCCUGCAGGGAGCAGCGGGGCGCCGGCACAGGGGAGACCCUGUAGGAGGCAUGGCCGGGCUACGAGCCAGGCUGGGCCCUGGGCGCAGGCUACUGGUGCUGUCUACGCUGAGUUUUUGUCUAAUGCUACAAGCCAGUGCCAAGAAGCCUCCUAAGACGCCCCCCUGCCCACCCAGCUGCUCCUGCACCAGGGACACCGCCUUCUGCGUGGACUCUAAGGCAGUGCCCAAGAACCUGCCUUCAGAGGUCAUCUCCCUGACCCUGGUGAAUGCUGCGUUCUCAGAGAUCCAAGAUGGAGCCUUCUCCCACCUGCCACUGUUACAGUUCUUGUUACUCAACUCCAACAAGUUCACGCUCAUUGGAGACAAUGCCUUCAUAGGACUGUCGCACCUGCAGUACCUCUUCAUCGAGAACAAUGACAUCUGGGCACUUUCCAAGUUUACCUUUCGAGGACUCAAGUCCUUGACACACCUCUCACUGGCCAACAAUAACCUGCAGACACUGCCCAGAGACAUCUUUCGUCCCCUGGACAUCCUGAGUGACUUAGACCUCCGGGGCAAUGCCCUUAACUGUGACUGCAAGGUGAAGUGGCUGGUGGAGUGGCUGGCACACACCAACACCACUGUGGCCCCCAUCUACUGUGCCAGCCCGCCCCGCUUCCAGGACCACAAGGUGCAAGACUUGCCCCUUCGGGAGUUCGACUGCAUCACCACUGAUUUCGUCCUCUACCAGACUCUGUCCUUCCCCGCGGUGUCAGCAGAACCCUUCCUUUACUCCAGCGACCUCUAUCUGGCACUGGCCCAGCCGGGUGCCAGCGCCUGCACCAUCCUGAAGUGGGACUACGUGGAACGGCAGCUCCGAGACUAUGAUAGAAUUCCAGCCCCCUCAGCUGUGCACUGCAAGCCGAUGGUGGUGGACGGCCAGCUCUAUGUCAUCGUGGCCCAGCUGUUUGGUGGCUCGUACAUUUACCACUGGGACCCCAACACCACACGUUUCACCAAGCUGCAGGACAUCGACCCCCAGCGCGUGCGCAAGCCCAAUGACCUGGAAGCCUUCCGCAUUGAUGGUGAUUGGUACUUUGCCGUGGCUGACAGCUCCAAGGCAGGCGCCACUAGCCUCUACCGCUGGCACCAGAAUGGCUUCUAUUCCCACCAGGCCCUGCACGCCUGGCACCGCGACACUGACCUGGAGUUUGUUGACGGUGAGGGCAAGCCGCGGCUGAUAGUGUCCAGCAGUUCUCAAGCCCCUGUCAUCUAUCAGUGGAGUCGUUCUCAGAAGCAGUUUGUGGCGCAGGGAGAGGUGACUCAGGUGCCUGAUGCCCAGGCCGUGAAACACUUUCGUGCUGGCCGCGACAGCUACCUGUGUCUUAGUCGCUACAUCGGUGACUCCAAGAUCCUGCGCUGGGAGGGUACCCGUUUCUCUGAGGUGCAGGCUCUCCCCUCCCGGGGUUCGCUGGCCCUCCAGCCCUUCCUGGUAGGUGGCCACCGCUACCUGGCACUGGGCAGUGACUUCUCUUUCACACAGAUUUACCAGUGGGACGAGGGCCGACAGAAGUUUGUACGGUUCCAGGAGCUGGCCGUACAGGCUCCUCGGGCCUUCUGCUAUAUGCCUGCUGGAGAUGCCCAGCUGCUCCUGGCCCCCAGUUUCAAGGGACAAACACUGGUGUACCGACAUGUCGUGGUGGAUCUCAGUGCCUAGAAGGAAGUUGAGUCCUUUGGGUUCCUCAGGGUGGCACUGUAAGAUGGGUGGAAACCUCUGUGAGCAACUUGUGGCUCCAAGCGAAGUCACAUGUGGCUGGUCUAUAUCUGUGCCCCCACACACAUACACACAGAAGUGGGCCUGGGCACAGACCCGGGAAGCCAUCCCCAUUACUGUAAUCAACACCUACGUAUGCACCAGGCACCCAGAGUUCAGGUUCUCCUCUAUGCGUACAUCCUUAUCUACAGUGCCCCCAUGCUCUGCUCCCUCGCUAAGUGUGUCUGAGCCACGCAAACGGGUGCAGGAAUGGGUGAACCAUGGCCUUUUCUUCUCGGCUUUGCCUUCUGCCCCCUGGCCUUUCCUUUGGAUGCUCGAGGUGUCCGUGUGCCUGUUUGGCAUCCACAGUUGCAGCCUCUCUCCAGGUGUGCCCACGCCAUGCUCCUUUUGCAUGCACCCGUGGACAGUGUUGGACAUCCUGGGUUACAUACCUGUGCAUACCGGGCCACACACUUCUUUCUAUAUAUGCACAUGUCUGGGAGUGUGCACACGUGUAGACUGGGUGCUAAGAAAACAGGCUUCCCUGCUGUCGCUAAGCCUAGCCGCUCUACUUGGAAGGUGCCUUCCAGCACCGACACCUCCUCCGCUCACUCCAGUGUGCCCCCCAUGUGGCUGCUGAUGAUAAUAACAGUAAGCAUGGCCGUGGCCUCCUGGGGACAAAGCGCCUUCAUCCUGAAGCAAUAACAGCAACAGAGGCAACAGCAAUUGGGUUCUUCGUGGUGCAGGAUACCUUGCUUCUCACUAGAGUUUUCUUCCCUGACUCAGUCCCAGCUCGCCUGGACAGAGGUGGGAAGGCUUUCCCUGGGUAGCGAUUGCUUUUUCAAGAUGGGGCCAUCUCCUCUCGGGCCCCACCUUGGGGAUGUGGACCCUGAACUGUGACUGCUCCUGAGAGUGCCCGAGCCACUUGUGUGAGUGCCAGGCACAUGUUGGGGCCCCUGGCACCUCUCCAUCCCAUGAAGACGCCCCUGGAAGUGUGACUCGGUGGAGGCUGGAUGAGGGGGCAAGAAGGGCGCCUGGGAAUCAGGCUUCUGCUGCCCUCUGCUGUCCACUGGAAACAGCGGCCCAGAAGCAGGAAAUGGCCGGAUUGAAAGGAUUUCUUGGGUCCGACACCUUGAGGCACCUGGGGGCAAUGCUAUUCCCUUGCUUCAAAUAAAAAGUUCCACCCUA